UCAUAAUUGCUGUUAAUCAUGGCUUUACACAAAAUUAUUGCUUCAAAAUUAACUUCAUUAUCUGCGACGAGUGAACAGCAUUGUUACAUUUUAGGAGUUACAAAUUGAUUUUAACAAUUCAUAAGUAACAUCAUCAUGCGUUUAUUGCUCGUAUUAAUAAUUAAUUAGGGCAAAUUAAAUGAUUCGUAUUAACGAAGCUUUAAUAUUUGUAAUAUUAAAUGGAAAUACAUGUAUACACAGUUGCGAGAACAUAUCUGAAUAAACUUAUAUAAAAUCCGUAUGGUUGAAAAUAUCUAAUUAAUUCCUAUACGAAGAAAAAGGUUUAAUUUUAAAAUUACGUUAUAUUAAUUUUUAAUUUAAAUAUUGUGAACAUUUCGUGUUGUUUUUAAGAUUGUUUAACUUAAAUUUGUAAUAUUAUAUAAAAAUAGAUGUCAAUUUAUGUACAUUUAUAAUGAAGAAUAAUUUUACAGAGUUUUAUUUCAUUGUUAUUUAUAUUUAUUAUUCAAUCAGAGUUGUUUACGAGCUCUUUUAAAUCGUCAUUUAUUAUGAUUUUACUGCUAAUUUCAGAAUGUUGUUAUCUGAUAAAUAAGAGAGAUCUGUAAGAACUUCACCAGUUCGUCUUUUAAAAAAAGUUAUACAGUAUUUCCGUUUAAAAUAUUACAAUUAUUUUAACUUUAAAAGCUUAAAUAUGCUCUUACUCACAUUGCAACCGUGCAAGACACAUAUAUUUGAUAAGCAAUCGAGAUAAAUAAUAUAACUUGACCUAAUAUUAUAGGAUGCUGGAACAGCCGAAGGUGCUCCGGCAGAUGGUGCACCUCCUGCAGAGGGCGCUCCAGCGGCACCAGCAGAGAGCGCACCAGCGGCACCAGCAGAGGGCGCCCCUGCGGCUCCGGCAGAGGGUGCCCCAGCGGCACCGGCAGAGGGCGCUCCAGCGGCACCAGCGGAGGGCGCCCCAGCAGCACCAGCAGAAGGUGCCCCAGCUGCACCAGCAGAGGGCGCUCCAGCAGCACCUCCCGCUGAGGGAGCGGCACCUCCAGCCGAAGGAGCACCUGCGCCGGCUCCGGCUGCUCCUCCCACAGAAGGUGCCCCAGCGCCUGCGCCUGCGCCGCCAGCGGAAGGCGCUCCAGCGGCAGCACCCGCUCCCGCUGCACCUGAAGGAGCUCCAACACCAGACGCAACAGCGGCGCCUGCACCACCUCCUGCUGAAGCGCCAGCACCAGCGCCGGCGCCAGAACCUGCGCCCGCGCCUGCCCCGGAGCCAGCAGCGCCGGCAGCGCCACCACCAGUUGAAGCAUCUGCAUAAUUCAACUUCAUCGUGGUUAGAAGAAGAAAUCACAUUGCCGCCUCGCUCUGGACAUUUGCUCAACUGAUUUUUUACAUUUCCUUAUUAAUUAGUUCAUUAUACUAUUAUGUAAAUUUUGUAUUAUCAUCUUAUAAUAAAUAUUAUUAUUAAUAAU